UUAAUCAGCACAGUUUUCUCUUGUUUCUAGAGAGAGAGGCGAAGUGAAGAAGAUCUCUCUUUUGUGAUAAUGGUUGAUGCCGCCGACAAAUUAGGUUACUUCCAAGCGAUAACAGGUCUCGAAGAUCCCGAUUUGUGCACCGAGAUCCUCCAAGCUCAUGGCUGGGACCUCGAACUCGCCAUCUCCUCCUUCACUUCAUCUGACCCACACGAUAACGACGCCGACGCUUCCUCUUCCCACAUCGAUGGCGAUCACUCCACCGCGAAUCCCGAAACGAACGAUUACCCUCCUCGAGGAAUCCACGACGAUUCAGAACUCGUAAGAGGACUCAGACCUCCGGGAAUCGCGUGGAGUAUCAUCACUCUACCGAUCUCGAUCGUCUCCGGUAGCUUAGGGUUAGUCUCCGGGGCCAUCGGGUUCGGAUUCUGGGCCGCCGGUGGAGUUUUAUCGUACUCUCUCGGUAUGUUAGGGUUUGGAGGACGUCGUGGUGGCUCUGACUCAUCAUCGGCUCGGCUUGUGCCGCCGGUUUCUUCGGCAUCAGGUGAAGCGAUGGAGUUCAUUGCUUUGUUCGAUAGAGAUUACGGGAGGAACGCUUUCAAGCCUGGCUUUGUACCGGAAGGUUUCAUGGACGCGCUUCAGCGAUCUAGGAGCGAGUUUAAGCUCUUGUUCGUUUACUUGCACUCUCCUGAUCAUCCUGAUACGCCUGUGUUUUGUGAUGGGACGCUUUGUAAUGAAGCGUUUGUGGCGUUUUUGAAUGAGAAUUUUGUUUGCUGGGGAGGUAGUAUUCGAGCUAGUGAAGGGUUUAAGAUGAGUAAUAGCUUGAAGGCGUCUAGGUUUCCGUUUUGCGCUGUGGUUAUGCCUGCUGCUAACCAGAGAAUUGCUCUUCUUCAGCAGGUGGAGGGACCGAAAACUCCAGAAGAAAUGAUUGCUAUACUGCAAAGAGUUGUGGAAGAUAGUUCACCUGUUCUUGUAACUGCAAGGGUUGAGGCAGAGGAAAGAAGGACCAAUUUGCGCCUGAGAGAGGAACAAGAUGCUGCCUACAGGGCUGCUCUUGAAGCUGAUCAAGCAAGGGAGAGACAGAGGCAAGAAGAGGCAGAGCGUUUAGAGAGGGAAGCUGCUGAGGCAGAGAGGAAACGCAAAGAAGAAGAAGAGGCUCGGGAGAGAGCAGAGCGUGAAGCUGCAGAGAGAGAAGCUGCGAGAGUGAGAAUGAGACAGGAGAAAGCACUUGCUCUUGUAGACGAACCUGAGAAAGGACCUGAUGUUACACAAGUUUUGGUGAGGUUCCCGAAUGGAGAAAGAAAAGGGAGGAGGUUUGAAAGCAAUACCAAGAUACAGACAUUGUAUGAUUUCGUUGAUUCACUUGGAGUGCUAGCAACAGAAGAGUAUAGCUUAAUAACAAACUUUCCAAGAACAGUGUAUGGAAGAGACAAAGAGUCGAUGUCACUGAAAGAUGCAGGUUUGCAUCCUCAAGCAAGUCUCUUCAUUGAGAUCAACUAAAGUCUCAGAUUCUUCUGUUUCUUUCUCCUUUAUAGCCCCUCUUUUCAGUUUUUGUUUUUCAUCUCUUUUAAAAUAAUCAGUAGUGUUGCUUCCGAAGAAGAUAACAUAUAUACACAAAUAUAUUCAGAAGUUGUCAUA